CUAGCUGUCAUGUUGCUUGUUCUGGAGCUUCUCAACCUUUUUUUGAUAACGAUGGCAAAGAUCUCGGACAUACCGAUUUUCCUCCUGUCUAAAUUGCAGGUUCAUUUCUUGAGUACAGCGCAAACUACAUGUCUCAACAAAAUAAAGAGUGCUGACUUCUGUAGAAUCCUGUCGUCAAAUGACGCCGUUUGAAGCCAGUGCGACCGCCAUUAUACUAGGCGAAUGCGCUCUCUAUGCCACCGGCCGCGGUAGAGAUCUGAAGACCCUCGAUUUCAGUAACGCCUUCAACGGCAUGACGGAGCACACCGAUGUGGGCACUGCGAUAUUCGGAUUCGUCAUUAACGUGGCCGGGCCUCUCUGGUGGACACUGAACAGCAUAUGCUUGAUCGGAGAGAAUAAGGAAUCCGGAGGAUCGGGGAGUCCAAUAGAGUCCUGGCUCUCAAUAGAAAGGUUUGCCUGUCAGACUUUCUUCAUGUCGUUUGGCAUGCUCGCGGUGAUGGUUUCGUGCUUGUCAGCGAUGCAGGACGUAGAAUCACUGUGGUCGGUUUCCGCACCGCGUCUAGCCUCUGCGUUGAUUGCAUCUGUCCCGUUCCAAGUUGUUAUGAUCAUUGGCGGUGAUGCUGUUGUAUUUCUAUAUGGCUUUUUUCUCUCAUGAAGGUCGGACAGACGGAAUGUGCGAAUUAGGCAUUGCUGGUGGAAGAUAUUCUGCACAGGCUGGUUCUCGUAUAUAGAAACAAGCUAUACAGUCGAAGUAAAAAGGAAAAUAUCAACAUAUGUAGCCAGAUUCAUUCAAGGAUGCGCACUAUGUUCAAAAGUACCCCUG